GUUUGCAGCAGGUUAUAGUACUACUUCUACACGUCAUUUUUUGAAGUUUAGAAAUGGAUGGAUUAUUAUUGGAACCUACUCUUUAUACUGUUAAGGGAAUGGUGAUUUUGGACAAUGAUGGACACAGGAUAUUAGCAAAAUACUAUGAUCCAAGUGUCUUUCCAACUUCUAAGGAACAAAAGGGAUUUGAAAAAAAUUUGUUUAACAAGACUCAUCGAGCUAAUGCAGAAAUAAUUAUGUUGGAUGGACUUACAUGUGUUUAUAAAUCUAAUGUUGAUUUAUUUUUCUAUGUUAUGGGAAGUUCACAUGAAAAUGAGUUGAUAUUGAUGAGUGUACUUCAAUGCCUUUAUGAUUCAAUAAGUCAAAUAUUGAGAAAAAAUGUUGAAAAACGGACUCUCUUAGAAAAUUUAGAAAUUGUAAUGUUAGCCAUGGAUGAAAUUUGUGAUGGAGGAAUAAUAUUAGAAGCAGAUCCAACGAGUGUUGUUCAAGGAGUAGCUUUGAGGACAGAUGAUAUCCCACUUGGUGAACAAACUGUUGCUCAGGUUCUUCAGAGUGCAAAGGAGCAAAUUAAAUCUGCAAUAUUAAAAUAAAUAUAACUUAUAAGUUUUUAUUGGAUUUUAAAAAGAAUAAUGUAAGAUCUUUGUUAUUAUAUAAAAUGUAAAUUUUAUAUUAAAAAAUAUUGUAAAAAAACAUAUAUUUAUUAUGAAUAAUACAAAUUAAAAACAUUCCUUCAGUUCAUUUAUAAAGAUUGUUUAAUUGUUAAGGAAGUUGAUUACUGUAUGAAAGUAAGUGUAACUUUGUCAUCGCAGUUACUAUAUUAUAAAAUAGAAAUUAUUUGUUUUUGAGAUAUAUCUGACUGUUUUAUUUUUUGUACAGUUCAUUGAAGAUAAAUAGGUUCAUCCUCAUAAUCAUUCAUUACUUCUUAAUUGCUGGUUAUUACAAAAUAAUCAACUGCUGAUCAAUAAAGUUUUUAUUCAA